GAAAGCUUCAUCAGGACACCGAAGUUCUCCAACUCAUACACAUCUGCACAGCUCUGCUUGGCCUGAGGGGAAAAAAAGUUUCCUGAGUUCACAGCGGUUAAUAUUGAAAACUAAAUACAUUCUCUAACUUCUGUGAAACCCGAAAAGCCCUUAGGCUGGAGAAAAAAAGAAAAAAAAAACCCGAACACUGCUCUACUCUGUCAGCAACAGUGAGUAUGUCUGGAAAAGUGUCUCAAAUUGAAGAAGCUUCAUCCUAGCCCUGAAAAGUCUGUGAACAAAUCUGUCCAUCCAUUUGGGAAAUUCUAUAUUCAAUGUUUCUUCAAAGGCAAAAGAUAGCUCAGCAGCAAUGCCAUCAAGAUGUUGGUCCAAGGGUCCGGGAACCAUGGCCCUCUAAAAACAUCAGAUCCAAUGAUGUAAAACACCAGAAGAGAUGCCAAGGCAGCUGUAAAGAGAACUUGUCUUCUGCAGAGCGUCUCCGCAAACAUGCCACCAUGCACUUUGGCUACAGCACCCUCAGCCUGUCCAUGAAGGGCCUGGAUGAGGCACCAGCUGACCUGUGGGAGCUCCAUGAGCUGGGGAAACUCAACUUGUCCCUUAACUAUCUAUACUAUCUACCUUCUGGUCUGGGAAAUCUGAAGAACCUUGUGGUGCUCAACAUAUGGGGGAAUGAGUUGGAAAAACUUCCCCCUGAGAUUGGGCUCCUCCAGAACUUAAAGGUACUGUUUGCCUAUUGCAACCACCUCAGUGAGGUGCCUGAGGAGCUGGGCUGCUGUGCCAACCUUGAGGUUCUCAGCCUUGCCAACAACCAGUUGACAGGGCUCCCAGGGAGCCUGGUCUCCAUACACAAGCUGGCCAAGCUAAACCUGAGCCACAACCGCAUAUCACAUGUCCCUACUUGCAUCUAUGCCAUGAAGGAGCUUGUGUUCCUGCAUAUGGCCUACAAUGUCUUGGAGAACAUUGCCAAUGCAAUCCAGGAACUAGCCAACCUCAAGAUUCUAAUACUGGAAGGGAACCACAUCCACACACUACCCCAGACUCUGUGCCAUUUGACUGACCUGGAGCUCCUCAACGUGGAUUUCAAUUACCUGCAGAGCAUCCCAGUAGAAAUGUACAUGCUCAAGAACCUCAAAAGGCUGGCAUGUCAUCCACUUGAUAAGGGGCUACAUAUAGUUCAUAAUCCACUCAUGAAACCUCUACAAGAAGUGCUACAGGGAGGGCUGAAUGCUUUGUAUAGCUACCUCAAAUGUGCCUGA